AUGGGAUUCUGGCUCAACAUAGCAGCGCAACGUAGCCCACAACUUGUGCACCUAAAGUUCCUAACCUCAGAAGAAGGCCGCAAUACUACUGCAAACUGGGAUCGUCUCAGCCACAUAAGACGCCACUAUUCCAUCAAAUUCAAAGGCCACUGUGCCGUGUACCUUGUCAUUUUCGUACAAGUCAUUUGGCAAGAGGGAAGUCCCGAUGUGACUGAAGGCACGCCUGCAACUCCGAACCGCCUGAGUGAGCACCAACCUACCUCUCUGGCGGAACCUCGGGCCCAAAUCAUCGUACGUGCUUCUUUUGAGCCGAUGGGAUCACUGCACAUCGCCGAGUCACGAAUAUCUCAGGAGAACUCGGAUUUUCUCUCAAAACAUCAUGACGAUUUUCCAACCGGUAGAUCAACUCCCAGCACCAGAGAGAUUGAUUCCGAUUGGGAUGAGAGGGCUGAUGAAAGGUUAAUACCGCAACGUCUCCAUCUUCGAAGCGUCAGUCCUGGCUGGGCAACCAGUCCGAACUUCAUCCGAGAAUGUUCGAUUGUUACGACUGCGAUCUUCACAAAAGUGCCACAGGCCGGAGAUGCCAGAAUAAGUACUGUAUGGAAUCUCCACCGUGGCGGUCAAGGGUCAUGGUUUGAUAGAGCUUUCUCUCUGUCGCGUCGUGGUACCCUCAAUCUUCCUGGGUAUAUCUUGAAACUUCGACGAAAGAGAGCGCCUGCGAACGACUUUAGCUCCAAUGUGCCUCGUCUGCAAGUAAAACUAUCCCAGCGAAGCGCAAUCGCACGCCUUACAGCUAUCCAUUCCGACGGUUCUGACUCUCCGAGGACUAUGGCGGGACACAGCUACAUCGACAACAACGACACGACAGGCUCCGCCUCGGACCAAGGUUCUAGCCUACCCAAUGCGUCUACGCGAGCUCAAUUCCGAUGA